UUGAAGAAGUUCCUUCCGCUUUACGUAGCGUCCAUCUGCUUACUGAGCUAACACUGUUCGGCAGUUCCUGACGAAGACUGGGAUUAAUUGUUGGACCAAACAAAGCCUGAAAUAAGCGGCUUUACGCUUGAUCUGUGAGCGAAGAUGACAGACCGUUACAACAUCCACAGCCAGCUGGAGCACCUGCAGUCAAAGUACAUUGGCACAGGACAUGCAGAUACCACGAAGUGGGAAUGGCUGGUGAACCAGCACAGAGACUCAUACUGCUCCUAUAUGGGCCACUUUGACCUUCUCAAUUACUUCUCCAUCGCUGAGAACGAGAGCAAGGCUCGUGUCCGCUUUAAUCUAAUGGAGAAGAUGCUGCAGCCCUGCGGACCCCCAGCUGACAAACCAGAGGAUGCUUAGGAUGAAGCAUCGCUCGGAGAGGACUUUGGUCUUUAUAGGGGUCAAUUAUAAAUGAGAUUUUUUUACCAUAUGUUUUUUUUUUUUUUUUUUCUUCAAUUAAUUGUACAUUUGCAUAUUUGUUCCAUUUUGUACAACUCAACUGUGUUUGAAGAAAAUAAAAAUUUGUAAUGGGGGAAGGCAGGCACACAUUCUGCCAUUUAAGUUGAAUUCAAUUUCUUUAAAUUUUAGUUUAGCGAUAUUAAACAUAAGAUUCUUUCUUUGCCCCAGAGGCCCAACAUACAAGAUAGACAAAAUGCAGCAAGGUUGCAGAAGAAAUGGUCACAGACUAAACAGCAUUGUUGUGGCUUGUAUAGUUCUGGUUGAUAGUAUAGAUGUUCUUAGUGUUUUUGCACUUAAGAUUUUUAUACAUAUUAAAACUUUUUAGCAUAAUGCUACAGAAUUCUUUACAACUGGUGUACCACAUAAUCCAAUCAUGUGAAGUCUUCUGUAAUUUACUUCUACUUUUUAAGGAAAAUGUCUCCAGUGUCAGUUCUUUGUGCCAGUAUGUCCUCAAACUGAUUUGGUGUUAUUGAUUAAUAAAUGAAACUGCAUUUAGAUGAAUAAAACACUGACAUGUUCAAGGAAUUGGCAUGACCGUUAUA